UCCGCGUUGUGAGUGCAGAUGCAUAUGUUAUAACCAAGAGAAAGGUAAUUCCGUGCAGUCGAGAUGAAAGCAAACCUGGUAGGCCUGACUCUAGUGGCUCUUCUUCUGCUAAACCACUCCAUCGCAGAAGACAGAUCACAUCCCAAACACAAGCACCAAAUUAGCAAAGAAGAAGAAGAAAAGAGAACCAGAAAUAAAAGCAGAACACGAAGAAGUAGCCGAAGCAGAAGCAGCAGUAGUACUGGAAGGAGAACAAGAUCAGGAAGCUGUGAUCCUUUAUACGAAUAUCUCUUUGGAACUUGUGGCCAAUGGCCUUUUCCAACCUCUCCUUCCCCAGACAACCCCUUCCGACCGACUCCCCGUCGUAAUCCGCCGCCACUUCCGCCAUUUGUGUCUUCUCCUCCCCCAAUUCCCCUCCCACCUCCGCCACCAAUAGCGCAACCGCCUCCUUUCCUACCUUCCCCACCACCCUUACAAUCUUCUCCACCACCACCAAUUAUAAUUCCUUCUCCUUCACCUCCACCACCGCCAAUUAUAAUUCCUUCUCCUUCACCUCCACCGCCUUCUCCGCCACCGCGACCACCGCUGCUCCUGCCCCCACCCAUACCUAUUAUGUUUCCACCACCACUUGUUCCUUCCCCUCCACCUCCUGAUUCAGAUAUACAACCACCAGCAUUUCCAUGGCUAUCACCUCCAGAUAUAGUAACUGAAAAUCCUCCCCUUCCAAUACUUUCCCCACCAUCACCAGCGUUACUUCUUCCACCUCCCUUUCCGGAUUUGCCACCAGACGAAUUCACACCAGCUCCACCACUUGGCCCGCUUUUUUCCUCACCGCCUGAGUUUCCACUGUUCCCACCACAGGAGCCAAUUUCGUUUUAUCCACCUUUCAUAUCGGCCCCAACUGCACCAGACGCCGAUGUGAUUCAGCCACCAGCUUUUCCUAUUCCACAGACGCCGGACACCUUACUAUUGCCGCCUCCAUUUCCUGAAGUUCCCGAUAUUCCGCAAGACCCACUUCUGUUUUCGUCAACACCAUCAGCACCAGAUACGGUUUUUGAUGAGCCAGUGCAGCCAUUGUCACCACCACUUCCUUUGUUGCCCCCUUUUUAGUUUCCACGACCAUCUGAUUCGCCGUGAUCGAAGAACUAAAUUCCGGUCUGUGUGUCAUUGAGCUUAAGCCUACUUGAUCAAUGGUGUUAGCAUAUAUGCCGAAAGCUAUGUUUUGUGGGUUGUGUUUGUUCUGUGAAGUGUUGUUACUGUCUGUUUUCGUCGUUGAGGAUGACAUCAGAACAAAGUUUUUUUUGGUUCAA